AGACCCAUAAAAAUUUACCGUAACUUUUCCUACUUUCAACUUUGACAUUGGCAAAAUCAUCGUCUGCCAACGAUGGAGCAACAAUUUAAAAAUUGAAUUGAAUUUAAUGUUCCAUCGCCAAUCACAACAAAUUGAAAUUGAAAUAUGCCUUUCGUUAUCGGCGCUAGGCAGUGAAUUCGUUAUUUGUUUUCAUAAACAUUAACAAAGGAAAAAUAGAAAAAUGGUUGAGCAAGAUAAUACGGAUUCAAUAAUUUCUACCGCUAAUAAAAUAGAUCCCACAGAAUUUGAUGUCACAGUCAGCGCUUUACUAAUAGGUGCCGGCGCAGAAAAAUUUAUCAAAAUAUUUAAAAGGAAAAAUAUUGGCCAAUCCACACUAACUGAACUCGCAGAUGAAGACCUUUUAAAGCUUGGAGUAGAUGAUCAAGAACUGAGGCAGCGAAUUCUAGAUGAAAUAAAAAAUUUGCCACUCUAUGAGGAAUUACCAGUAUCAAGACCGGAAAAUAAUCUUGGAGCUAUGGAAAUAAUUGACAUUCUUGAAGACAGUUCACAACACUUGUACAGAAUAUAUCUAAGCAUGUUAGCAAAUACUUUGGCUUUAAAAAAGGCCAACAAAGUAUCAGAUUAUCUGCUUCACAAAGAGAAAUACGCCUCAGACAUAUCCCUAUCUACAUUGAGUGAAAUUACUAAUAUUUUAAAUUCAAUGGACAUUGCAUUGCACACUCAGUUCAAGGUUUUGCUCAAAGAGAAAAGUAAUAAAAAAACAAAAGAAGCUUAUUAGUCGGAACUGUUGGCAGUGCAGCUAUAGCAAUAUUGGCAAUAAUGUUUGUGAAAUCACUAAAACA